CACACACACACAUCACCACAGCAUCAGCUGACCCUCCGCCUCCACCUUAUUUUGAACGUUACAUUUUAUACUUCGUGGGUGUGAGUGAGUGAAUGAAUGAAUGAAAUGAGAAGUGCGGAGGAGUGAGGAAUGAGGAGGACCAACCUCCUCACUCGUCUGUGAAGAGGAAGUUACUCAGGCAUAGAAGUGGAUCCCAGCCUCAGUGUGAAGAGGAGCGACAUGGAGCGAAGACACUCAGUGACCGCGCUCGCGAGGACACAAUCCUUCCUGCACAGAACGGCUUGUUUUCUCACGGUGCUCGCGCUGCUGCUGCUGCUGAUUUUUGCUGCUGUGACGUUUCAGCUGCUGAUCAUUGUCAUGGAGAGAGGAGACCGUCACCAGGGUGAAAAGGACACUGUCAGACUCUCACCAGGCAGCAGCAGCAAACAACAGCAGAUUCCUGAUGUGAUGAAGCCUUGUGCCAUAAUAAGAGCUCCUUGUUGUAAUAACACGAAUGGCAAAUACCUUCUGUGGGAGCAUGAGCAGGGCAUGGCCCGCUGUCUUGGAGGUUUCCAUUACUCUGAUGGAGACCUUGUGGUGCCCAGAAAAGGCAUGUACAGAGUCUUCCUGCAGAUCACCUUUGCGAGUAAGACCAAGUGCUCCGGCGAGCUACCGCUCAAAAUCAUUGUGUUUGCUCUCAUGGAGAGUUACAAUGAAGACAUACAUUUGCUGUCAUCUGUCGACACAGUGAAUUGCAACAUGACGCAAUGGAAGAAAUCCCUCCAUACGACUGGCAUCGUUUACCUGGAGGCGAAGAGUAGACUACGCGUGAAGUCGUCCUACCCUGAACUUAUCAUAAGCGAUGAAAACUUUGUGUUCUUUGGUGCAGAACUUGUCACUGAGUUACCUGACAGCGAGAUCUAAAUGACCCCUCCACUCCAAACAGACUAACAAUAUUUUUCAAUGUGUCCCCUUUUAAGUGUUGCCUUUUUGUCAUUUCAUAUACAUACAUAUGUAUUUAAAUGAUUGCAAACAAGAAUAAAGUGUCUUCAGUUGAGGGACAUAUAGCACUGUUGCCUCACAGACACUGGGGAAUAUGGAAGUCCAACACAUGCCUGUCAAAGACAACUUUAAAUGAGUGUCAGUGUGGAGCCCUGCACAGUAGCUGGGUUUGCUGUGUGCACUGUGUGUCAGAGCUCAGGAACAUUCUAAAGCUGAUGAUACGCUGAAGAUUCUUCUCCGUUUCAUAUCUUUGUCAACUGCAAACCUACACAAAUCCAGUCAUUGCAAAUUCUAAUCAAGCUAAUCAGUGUUCAAUCAGCAGCUCUGUUGAACAUCCUGAUGUCAGUUACUGUUCGUUUGAUCCCUGAGGACAAAAGUGUGUCUCAUGCACUUCUGCAGUGAAGGCCACAGCAUCCUGAGAUGUUUUUGUAGAAUUCUGUUUCCUGACCUCCUGGUGCUUUUAGUUCACAGUAAUAAACAUCAACAUUUUUUGGGGAAAUGAUGAUUUAUUAUUAUUGUUAUUAUUAUUGUUGUUGUUAUUAUUAUUUUUUAUUGGGAAUUAAGUGUAAUUAAAAAGUAACCUAAUUUAGAUUCGGGGCUAAGAUGUAUGUAUUUUGGUGAUUGAUUCCUGUCUCACCUGUGAAGGGGUGUGUCCAGGUCACGCUCCAGCUUUGUGGCUACAGAGCAAAUUAAAUGCAUCUUAAUGUAUUAGAUCGCCCCUUUGUUGGUCUCAUAUAUAAUGACGUUGCUUGGAUUGUUUUUUCUUUUAGUUUCUAUGCAAAGUCAACUGGAGAUUAUUGUUUAAUAAAUAUCAAUAAAUCAAGAUCAAAACUCUGUGCGUGCUUUCAAGGAAAUGUGUCGGACUAUCUGUGCCCUGCGCAUCAUUGUCUUUGUAAAGUGCUGUUGUCGUCAUUGUUGAGUCCAUUGUUUGUUUCCUCUUGUUGAGUUUCAUCUAUAGCUUAUUAAAGUCUAUAAUGAUGUGGAA